AUGUCCACAUCCACGAAAGGCGCUCUCGUCGUGAUCGGCUCGGGUCCUGGCAUUGGCCGAACGACAGCUGCACAUUUCGCUUCUCAAGGGUUCCAGCACAUCUUCCUACUGUCUCGCAACGAAUCGCGCUUAGCAGAAGAUGCCAAGGCAGUUUCUGCGGCCUCGUCCGCGGCGAAAGUAGAGACAUUACAAAUCGACGUGGCAGGUGACGAGGCGAGCCUCAAGAAGGUGUUCUCAGAGAUUGACAGUAAGCUGAAGGCCACGGGAGUACCGUUGGAGGUUGUGCUCUACAACGCGGCCAGGGUCGGGCCGAGUAAGAUUCUGGAAUGGGAGGUGAAGCAGUUGGAAGAGGAUUUGAAGAUCACCACAGUCUCACUCUACAUAACCUUUCAAUGGGCGAUUCCGCACCUUGUCGAAACAUCGAAAUCUGACUCUCACAAUCCCGCCUUCUUCGUCACAUCUGGGGACCUCUUUCGUGCUCCUUUUCCUUUCCUAUUCAGUUUGUCGGCUGGUAAAGCUGCUCAGCACAACCUUGUUUCGAGCUUUCACAAGGCCUACAGCUCGCAGAUGCAUAUUGCGGCAGUUCCGAUAGCUGGAACCGUUUCAGAUGACGCAAAGGUAACGACAGCGCAAGCAGUCGCUGAGCAAUUCUGGAAGUUGUAUAGUCAGGAGAAGGGUAAGGAGGGUGAGAUGAGCGUCGAGAUGAGGGAUCCGGAUUAUGAGAGUGGCGUUGAAGAAUUGAGAAAGAUGGUGCAGGGUUCCUGA